AUGGCAAGCUUACCAACUAGCACUCGUCAACUUCGUGCUUUUGACCAAUUUCGUACUGAAGGUUGUGAUAAUUGCGAAGGUUUCUUACAUUUUAAAGAUUCGAAUAAAAGAACACUAGAGUGUACGAGUUCAAAAAUCGAUGGUGUAAUUGCAAAUAUAAAACCAAAUCAAUCAUGGGUUUCAAGAGUUAAAAAACUUGAUGAAUGUGUUGAAGGUAUCUAUGCAGUUGGUGUAACUGGUACAUUACCAGAUUGGGCUGAGGAUGCUAUGAGACAACUUGGGAUUAAUUAUAUACCUAGGGAUGGUCAUCAUAUUGAUGAUGGUGGUGAAGAAGAAAAAGAAAAUCGAUAA